UCAUCACAUUCUACCAUCAUCGAUAGUGACACGCGGAUAUGUUACCAGGUGCUAGAAUCUCCCCAGUUCGCUGGCCUUAAACUAUUCGCUGCUGCAUAAUUGCAUUCCAAUACCAACUCCUCUUCAGCAAGUAAUUAGUUAUUUAGUUACUCUUUAAUAAAACGACGCGCCGCCGCAUCGAACCCAGAUCCACACUCUCCCCCGAGACGACGCUGCGUUUCGAUGGCCCUUCACUGAAGAAAACCUCGGAGACUUGAUUCCCCAAUUGGAUUAAAAAAAAUAAUGGAAUCGGAGCUCAAGGACCUGAAUUCCACACCGGCAUCAAAGCCCUCCUCCUCCGCCAAGGACGACCGCCCGCUCCUCAAACCCGAGCCGGCCCCGUCCGUCUCCGCCGAGGAGCUCCAGGAGCUCGAGAAGAAAUGCGCCGCCUACGUCCGCAGAGACGCGUACGGCACCAUGGGACGCGGCGAGCUGUCGCUCAAGGAGAAGCUCCUACUCGGCGUCGCCCUCGUCACUCUGGUCCCGAUACGCGUGGUGGUGAGCAUGACGCUCCUCCUCUUCUAUUACUUGAUUUGUAGGAUUUGCACGCUCUUCUCUUCUCCGAAUCGAGACGAGGACGAGCAAGAGGACUACGCGCACAUGGGAGGCUGGAGACGCGCCGUGAUUGUAUGGUGCGGCCGAUCCUUAUCCAGAGUCAUGCUCUUCGUCCUAGGGUUUUAUUGGAUCAGCGAAACCUAUCGGAUACCAGACCCUGCUCAACAAUCCAACCCUGAGGGAAAAGAGGAUAGUGGAGAGGCUGGCAAGCCUGGGGCUAUUAUAUCUAACCAUGUAUCGUAUUUGGAUAUCUUGUAUCACAUGUCUUCUUCCUUUCCGAGCUUUGUUGCCAAGAGGUCGGUGGCGGAACUUCCUCUAGUUGGCCUCAUCAGCAAGUGCCUCGGUUGUGUCUAUGUUCAGCGGGAGUCAAAGUCAUCCGACUUCAAGGGUGUUGCAGGUGUUGUGACAGAUAGAGUUCGAGAAGCACAUCAGAAUAAAUCUGCACCACAAAUUAUGCUUUUCCCAGAAGGUACUACUACAAAUGGAGACUUUCUUCUGCCAUUCAAGACAGGAGCAUUUUUGGCUAAAGCUCCGGUGCUUCCAGUGAUUCUUAGAUAUCCUUACCAGAGAUUUAGUCCUGCCUGGGACUCGAUAUCUGGGGUGCGACAUGUGAUAUUUCUUCUCUGUCAAUUUAAAAAUCGCAUAGAGGUCACAAGGUUACCUGUUUACUACCCUUCACAGGAAGAAAAGGAUGACCCAAAACUCUACGCUAAUAAUGUCAGAAAAUUGAUGGCCAGUGAGGGUAGCAUGACUCUGUCGGAUAUUGGACUUGCUGAGAAGCGGGUAUAUCAUGCUGCGCUUAAUGGUAAUAAUAGCCAUCCUAGUGUUUUGCAUCAGAAAGACGAUUGAUAAAUUUCAUGGCCUCGCUCCCAAUGAUAUCUAGUGGCAGUUUGUUUUGCCAAUGCUAAUUCGGAUUCGCCAUCUGUAAUUAUAUUCAUUCCAUGAUUCAAUUUGUUAUAGGGAAAAUUAAAUUACAUAUGGGAUUGUAGAAGUAGUAUCUUUUGUCAGAACCUGUAUCUACUGAUGCGUUGCCGAGGAGUUGAAGUGGGUUGGGCUUUUGUGAUUGUUGUAUGUCUUCUUCAUCAGUUUGUUGGAUGAAUAGGGGUAGUUGAACCCACAAUUAUUGGGCUGGUAUACGUUGUAGUGAUGAUUUAUCCACAGAUUAGGUAUUGAUUUGUUUCAACUUGGCUGUUAAUUUAAAACUAGUUCCUCAAAUUAUAAGCUCUGAGGUCUUCUGGUCUCAAAAAAUUGCAAUGGUG